AUGCUGCUCCUCGCUCAGACUGCCGCACGCGCCGCCGGCCGGCACAUGAUCUCGAGGCUCGGAGCGUGUGUCGAGGCAACCAAACUGGACAGCGCCGACCUCGUCACUGCCGUAGAUGCCGAGUGCCAGGAGAUCGUCGAGCGGCACAUCCGGGAGCGCUACCCGACGCACGCGCUCUUGGGCGAGGAGAGCGUUGCACCCGGCAUUGAGGCGGCGAUGGACGCGCUGCGAGUGAGCAGCGCCGCCUCCGAGUAUCUUUGGAUCAUCGAUCCGGUCGACGGCACGACCAAUUUUGUCGCCGGACUGCCCCUCUGCGCGGUGUCGGUCGGUCUCACGCGGCGCGGCGAGCGGCUCGCGGGCGUGGUCUACGAUCCGUUCCGCGACGAGCUCUUCAGCGCGUGGAGAGGCGAGGGCGCCACCCUCAACGGUGCGCCGAUGCGGGCGAGCGGCUCAGCCUCCCUGAGCGAGGCUGUCCUCUGCGCCUGCGCGCCCCACAACCCGGCGGCGAUGCGGCCGGCGCUGCGGUCCAUCGAGGCGGUGAUGCCCGUCGCCCGCUCGGUCCGCAUCCUGGGGUCGGGCGUGCUCAACUUUGCGUGGGUGGCGUGCGGGCGGCUCGAUGCCUACUGGGAGCCCGAGCUGGCGCCCUGGGACUCGGCGGCGGGCACGCUGCUCGUCGAGGAGGCGGGCGGGUGCGUCAGCGACAUGGACGGCUCGCCGUAUCGCCUUCGCACGCGCGCGGUGCUCGGAAGCGCUCCCGGCGUGCACGUUGAGCUGCAGCGGCUGCUUGAGGGCGCGCUCGCGACGAGGAGCGAGGAUCUGGAGGGGGCCUAG